AAGCCGCCCGCUAAGGGCGGAGCGAGCACCGCAUAACUGGGACUCGGGUCUGAUCGCGCAGUUCGCACGGCCUGGUCUGGGGCGGACCCAGGAGGAGAAUCCCCCAGCCGCGAUCCCCAUGGGGCUGUGUUUUCCCUGUCCCACGGAGGCCGCGCCUCCUUCGCCGGACCUGGAAGAAAAAAGAGCAAAGCUUGCAGAGGCUGCAGAAAGAAGACAGAAGGAGGCUGCAUCUCGGGGCAUUCUGAACGUUCAGUCUGUGGAAGAAAAGAGAAAGAAAAAGGAAAAAAUAGAAAGAGAAAUGGCUGCAUCUGUACCCCCACCAGAAGGUGGCCUUAGGUGGACAGUUUCAUAAAGCAUAACACGAGUGGAAGAGUCUACUGCCAAUAAUUAAUAUCUGCAGUCAAGCGGACAUCCUCAAUUUAAUUUCUUCUCUUUGAAUAAAUGAAGAUUCAGACUUCGUAAUUUUAGUGCUCUUAAAUGCAGUGCUUUUUCAAAAUUGAAUAUUGAAAAUGCUUUUGAUUGUUAGACUUAGAAAAUGGCCAGACCUUUCAUUAAAUAUUUAUUUUCCCUACAUUUUCUCUUCUGCAGACAGUGGGUGAUUUGCCGUUUUUUAGUAGUUAAAACAUGGGACUAAAUAGUGAAUAUAUAUUUAUAUAUUGCAUGGAAAAAUUCUGCAUACAUCUCAGAUAUUAAAGUUUGCACUUGUAUUUUCCCUCCUUUAUAAAAUGACCUAGCUAUUUAUAGUUUGCCGAUUAACCUUAUAUCUCUUUAUUUCAUUAUAUGUGAAGACUUUUGCUUAAACUUAUGGACUUAGUGCCUUUAAACUGAUCAUCAGGGAAAAUCUUGAAAAAUCAUUUGAAGGGCUUAUAUGAAGGAACACUGUAAAUUUUUAUAACUUACUAAGAAAUUAAUAUUUGUAGAAAACAUUGAAUUUCCCCUAAUUUAUUUUCUACUUCUGUAGCUUAUAAAAUUAACAUACUGUGUUUUACAUUAUAAUACUUUUUGGAUUUUUUUUGCUUGCUGAGUUUAAAAUUAUAUAUUAGUGGUACCAUCAGAGGGCAGUGAUGUACUAUUAUACAGUAUCAGAUUCAGCUCUAUAAAGAUCUUUGCAGUAAUUGAAUGAGUUAAACUAAGAAUCUGGAUGGGUUAAAUAUAACAAAGUAUAGUGGUAAUGUGUUUGUCCACAUUUCAUAGGUGUUUUUAUUCUUUUGUAUUUAUUAAAGAACGAUCAUAAGAUUUAUAUAGAUGUCAAAUUACCAAGGCAAGUAUGAAUAUAUGAAAGAGGAAUAUGUAAGUACUGUAUUUAAAAAGGUCUACUUUAAACAUAAAAAUAUUGUGAGGUAAUUCUAUAUGAUACAUUGCCAUAAACUGUGUAGAUUUUUGUUCAUUUGUAACAUGUAUUAUAACAUAUUUGGUUUUUUGAGUUUUUUAAUAUAUAAUAAGCUAAAAUAGAA